AAACAAAUUAGUCUACCCAUCAUGUUACCCAGCAGUGUUCGAAUCAUUGGGCUUACUGCCUCCAAAUGUGCAACACAGCGAACCGCUCCUAUUGCCCUUAGACAAUUUCACUCCACCACUUUCAAUGGAGAAGAAAAAGACACAGAAUCUCCACAAGAGGGAACUGAGCAAUCAUCGCCCGCUGAAGAGACCGAACCUGUAAAGCUCUCAAGAAGAAGAAGAAAGUUCCACGAAUGGGCCAAUGGUGAAGGCAAGAAAUAUAAGGAACCUUCUCAAGGAACUACCAACUACAUUGCCCAGACUCCAUUCCCCAUGAACCCCUUGUUCAAGCCCGUACUCCCCCUAUCAGACACCGUACGUGAAAAGAUUUUUCAACAGUAUGUUUCCGAGCCUGAGAAAUGGACUGUGCGCAAGUUGGCAACUGAAUACAGUCUCUCUUUGGCAAGAGUUGAUGCUAUUCUCAAGCUCAAGGCUCAAGAAAAGCAAAUGAUGGGCGAGGGUGUCCCAUUGCAAACUAAAUUUUCGAAGGGAAUGGAAAAGCUGAUUGGUGUUCAGCAUUCUGAGCGAAACUUGAGAGAGACUUUGAUCGAAAUCCAGCCUGAUGUAAAGAAGCCCAAGUACCAGAUUAUUGAUGAAGAGAGUCAAUUCACUCCCGAGGAUGCUGCUAAGGUGUUGAACCGCAGAGCCUUCGCAGACGUCCAAAAGGAUCUGCUCAUUGGUGAAUCCAAAGCAAAGGGCGACAAGUGGAUGGUGUCGGAGAAAGAGAGCAUCGAAAAAUUGCCAGCACAGAACCAGAAGGAAUCUAAUAAGCGAUUUGGAUUCUUGUUUGUCGACACCAGCGUUCAUGGUAAAAAGACCCCUAUUGUCCGUGAAUCCGACGGUACAUUGAGAAAUGCUCAGACUUCAGAAUAUGCCAAAAAGAUGAUUCGCUAUUAGUUCCCCAAAAAUAUCUCAGUUAUCUAGAGGAUAAUAAUGUAUCCAUCCCACAUGUACAAUAAACAAAAAAAUAGAACUUGACCGCAUUACUUGUCGUUUCACGUACUAUGCAUGAAC